AUCAGGUUUACAUGCAUUUCCCGUAAAUGUCGUUCAACAAAACGCUCAAACAGUAAAAUUAUGUGAAACAUCAGAUGCUCAAGAAAUGGCAGUUUCGGGAAGUGCGUCCAGAGUGGGACAGCCUCAGUGGGUGGAGUAUGCCUGGAUCCCUCUUCGGGAUAUCUGACUUGAAUUUUGACAUUCAGCAGGUGGAUAAACGGUUAAUUUGCGGACCUAACGUAUGUCAGCACCAGUUGUUCUUAGCUUUCUUGAGAUUGAACUGGCAACGACUGAAUUUAAUAUGUAAGGUUUAAGAACGCGCAGAUAUACUUAUAAACACAUACGAGUCAUAUAAAUGCAGGUCACGGUUCCUAGAAUCAAACAUGGCGACUCCCAUGGAACUGAGAUGCUGGGGAGGCGAUUGGGACCUGCCCUCUGUGCAUUUUGAAUCACUAAUUGUUCUGGCUUAUGGGAAAUUUGCAGGUGCAAAGAUCUCUGUUAAGCCCAUUGACUGGACAUGGAGGACGAUUACAGCCACUGUUCCAGAACUCCACUUCGAUGGAUGCACAGUAAUAGAGCCCGCAAAAAUACUCAACUUCCUCAGAAAACAGAGGUUGAAUGCUGACUAUGAACUGACAGCCAAACAAGGUGCUGAUACCAUGGCCUACAUUGCACUACUGGAAGAGAAGUUAAGACCAGCACUGCUGCACACAUUCUGGGUGGAUGCAGAAAACUACAUCAACCUGACGAGGCCAUGGUUCGCAUCGCACUCUCCCUUCCCUCUCAACUUCUUCGUUCCGGGACGACAGGCCAGCCUGGCGCUUUCCCGCAUCAUGCUCACCAAAGGAGAGUCUCCGUACUGCACCUUGACAGAGGUGGAGGGAAAGAUUUACAGCGAAGCCAAGGAGUGCCUGAACCUGCUGUCACAUCGAUUGGGUACCUCACAGUAUUUCUUUGGGAACACGCCUACAAGCCUUGAUGCCUUUGUGUUUGGGUACAUCGCCCCCCUUCAUAAAGCCCCUCUCUCCAGCGGGCAGCUUCAGCAGCACCUCAAACAGCUGAGCAACCUCUGCCAAUUCUGCAAUGUCGUCCUCAAGAACUUCUUCACAGAGAAUCCACCAGAGCCUCCUCCAGCUAUUCAGGAGCCAGUAGAUGCAAACCUUCAGAAACUGACACAGCUGGUCAACAAGGAGUCCAACCUUAUUGAGAAGAUGGAUGACAACCUGCGGAGCAGUCCUCAGCACCGUCCCCACAGGUCCGACCACAGGCCGGCAGCCAGGUCUAAAAACUCCACACCAGCCUAACGGCCCUCUGUGGCUGGAGAACCUUCCAAAAAGCCGCCCCUGUCCCCCCACUACACCCCCACCCCCUUCAUUGCAGUGGCAUUCCACAACAGAUUCACUAAAGCUUCUGCACUAAUACUCACACAAACGUGUUGUGUUGUAUGCAGAGAAACUGUCUUCUUGCUGCUGACUGUCCAUGCUAUGGACUUUUCCCUGACCACUUGUGAGGGUAGUGAAGAUCUGUUGCCAGUGUGUUUGAUCAAGGAACCUAAACAUUCUGUCCAAAGCACAUAGCAUAGCUUAUUUGGCUAUAUUCCUAGUAUUCUUACUGCAAUUCCCAUAGCUGGUAAGGUUAGAAUGGAAUUCCAUUAGUUUUAGGGAAGGAUAUCUAGAUUACACGUGUAAUAUUAGCAAAUACUGUAUAACAGGGAUGAUACUUAUGAGGUACAGCCUUUUGAUGUAUGAAACAUGAGAGACAAAGGGGAAAGCUGUAUGAAUUUGAUCAUAAUACUUGGCAUGUUCAGCUUCAUGUAAUGUCUCCAUUCUGAAGUUCUGUCUGAUGCAGGGGAGGACUGUGUUGGCUGCCUACUGAAUUGUUUUUAUACCACUGUGUGCUGCUCCAUACUUAUGCAUGAGACCUUUAUAUUGAGAUUUAGAGGUAAGGCAACAUUUAAUGCUCUGAUAUACUGAACAUUUACUACGACAUUGUCUGCAUCAGGUUUUUAUCUACAAGUACUGUUAUGGACAGUAAACACAUUUGUUUCUGGGUUGGCAAAACAAAGCUAGUUUUCAAAAUUCAAAACUGUACCAGGCAAAUGUUGACAAGGCAUCAACACCUUUAAGCCUUGUGAAAAAGAUAAUCCUUGACCCAAGAAAGGUUGAAAUUGUGUGCAGCAUUUUUUAUCAUAAGAAUAUGUAGAUGAAUAUGUGUUGAAGAUGAAAUAUACUUUUGACAGGGCAUGUCAAUAACAACAAUCGCACAUAUGAAUGAAAGUCAUGCAGUGUAUGGGGCAUACAGCUUGCAAUUCAGUGCUUUUAUUGGGCAAUUGAAAAAAGGGCUUUUGUGAAAAUACCAUGCAGUUUGUUCCCACAGUUACAGUAUGUGGCCCUAGUUUCUGCAUGGCAGUAUAUUGUCCCACUCCGUACUGUAUUAUAUGAAAGCCAAGUGUAAAUACUAGCCAUGCUGUAUACUACAAAUUAGUUGGAUUCUACAACAGCUUGAUGCUCUUGUUGCAACAUAUCUUGAAAACAAACCAACGCGUUAAAGCAGUGUUGUUUAUAUCAUCAACCUUUAAUGUUUAUCUGAUUGUGCUUUAGAAAGUCCCAUGCAGUAUGUCUGCAUUCAUAAUUAGUUUAGCACAACACAACAUGAAAGUUCUUUUCUUUCUCAGUAGCCUUUUGGUAUCAUUGUCUAUUCUCUGCGCUGUGCGUUAUUUGUGUGUCGCUAUGGUCUCAGUGGUGUAUGAGGUAGCUGCUAUCUCAACAGGCUGAAUGUUGUGUGUGUCCUGCAGGUCUUUGUGGUGAGCAUGGUGUGCCUUUUGUGAUUUGUUUUGCUUUGCUUUGCUUUUAUCAAAAGGGAUAUCCUCUUGUCUAUACUCAAUCAAACCUCUGUUCUUGGAAGGCACCAAAAGAUCAGUUUUGGAAACGGGAUACAUAUGGUAUGCCUUACAAGAAAAGCUAAACUACCAUGGUCUCAGUUACUGUUCAGAAUAGGACAGGUCUAUUUUCUGCUUUUGAUUUAGCCGACUUUGUAUUUGUGACAUUCAAAAAAAUAUUAUGAAUAUGCUCAGUUAAAUGAUGGUCUGAACCAAAAUCCUACCCUGCUGAGUCUAUAAAUAAUUGUUGAGUGGUCCAAUACCUACACACAGCUCUGGGCAGAGGUUGAUUGUUCUGGUAGAUGCCAUUUUGUUCUCCAGCAGCCACUUUUACCAUUGUACUGCAUCAGUAAUGCACUUUCACUUUGAUUUUAUGUUGUCACUUAACAUAUCAUACAAUAAGAAUGUACAGAAUGCUUGAAUUUGUUUGUGUAUUUGUUGUUUUUUUGUCAAGUAAUGUAAUGGCCCUUCAUUGUGCACAAUCUGAAGCAGUGGAGUUGGAGAAAUAUAUUCUAGCCGGGGCAGGUUUUCAGAGGAAUUUGCCAUGGUGUGGCAGUAUGUCCUAAUCAAGAGUUAACCUGUUACAUUGAUCGCUGAACGGGUGCAUGAUGAAAGGCCAUAGGGUAUAAAACAUUUUGUUUCUUUUAAAUGUUUCAUUAUUUUAAAUAGUAAGACACAUCACACUAUUUUCAAAACUCAUAAAAGAAUGGAAUAUAUGCAAUAAAAUUCUGUAAUUUUGUUCCUC